AUGAAAGUGUUCAGGCAAUUCCUGGAGGUUGGGCACAUGGCCUGUGUCUCCUUUGGGCCCCAUGCUGGGAAGCUGGAUGUCACUGACCAGAGAAGGGCCUUGGUUGAUGGACCUUGCGCUAAAGUAAGGAGACAGGCUAUGCCUUUCAAAUGCAUGCAGUUCACUGACUUCAUCAUCAAGAUGCCACACAGUGCCUGUCAUAAGUAUGUACGAAAAGCCUGGGAGAAAGCACAUAUCAGCAAAAAGUGGGCCACCAGAAGAUGGGUCAAGAAAACCUACCCUAUGAAAAUUUAUGCCAGAGAAAGGAAAAUCAAGAUGACGGAUUUGGAUUACUAAAAGGUCGUGAAGGCAAGAAAAAUGAGGAACACAAUAAUCAAAUUUGAAGUUAGGAGGCUUCAAAAGGCCGCUCUCCUGAAAACUUCUCCCAAAAAAGUAACUUCUACUAAGGGUGCAGUGGCAGCAACGGUUCCAGCUAAAAAGGUAGCCAAUAAAGGCAAGAAGGCUCCGGACCAGAAAGCCACAGGCCAGAAGGCCGCACCUAUUAGUAAACUCUUCAAUACAGUCAGCACCUACUUGGCUGCGGCAUGA